GACUUCACACCCUGUAUGAUCAAGAAAGUAGAUUCCACCUUGGGCUUCCCGGAGAUUGGUGUCUUACUCUCCGGUGUUUUGUUUGGGAUAUUCACAAUGCAGGUGUAUAUCUAUCACAGAAAUUUUCCAAAAGAUCCACGCUGGAUGAAAUUUGGCCUGGUUGAUGGCAUGUGGUUAUUGGAAUUGGCUCAUACCAUUUGUGAAUUUUAUGGGCUUUACUAUCUCACUGUAUCUCGUUAUGGGGAUCCCACAGUCUUCCUUGCUUUUACACCCGAAGUUGCCGCAUUACCAUUCUUUGAUGGGUUGAUUGCAAUGCUUGCACAAGGAUUUUUUACACACCGAAUUGCAAAAUUUGCUGGUCCUCCAUACAUUGUUCCCAUUGUCUGCAGUAUACUCAUGAUUUGCCAAAUGGUGGCAUCCAUUGGAUUGACAACUGCAGCCACACUUGUUGCAGAAAAAAACACUGAACAAUUCUUGCAUCAAUGGAAAUGGUUGAUUGUUACUGCAACAGUUCUCCAUGUGACUAUAGAUGUCAUUGUAUCCACAGCACUUGUAUACUAUCUAGUCAAAAACAGGAGCAAUACCACUUACCGCAGUACCCUUGCUAUUGCGGACAAAUUAAUUCAGUGGGCUAUUGGUAAUGUUCUUGCUUAUUUCCUCAAGCUGAAUACUGAAAUCACUUCAGAGACAGGAGUUGUGACUAGUUUUGUCAGUAUUCUUCUGAUGAUAAGUUUUCUACUCAAUGUGAACAACUAUCUAUGGCUUGCAUUUUAUGCAAUUCUUCCAAAAUUCUUUUCCAAUGCAAUGCUGGCAAACUUGAAUUCACGUAUGAGGUUCCGUGAUAUGCAGACAACUGUGGUCACAGAAAUGGCCACAAUUCAGUUCCCUGGUACCACUGCACAACCUUCAGAACUACAGAUGGAUUUGCCUGCAAUUACUUCUGCUCCUAGUGAAUCCAUGAUUGAGGAAGGUCCUCAGUUUGAGGUCAAAGCUUUGCCCUUAAGUCUGGCUUGAGCAGGGUUAAGCAGAAUCAAGAAGUCUGCCUAGGUGUCACUACUAUACGCAUUGCUUGUUCGUGUCACCAGUGAUAUAUCAUCGCAUUUUAACUAGUAAUCAGUACGCUGUAGUUUACAGAUAUGUACGUCCUGCUCUUCCAUGGAGCUUAUUCGGCGGUAGUUUCUCUUUAUUUGAUAUGCGAUAGUGGGCCGUCGCGCUCCGCGUGUG